AUGUGCCAAGUAGGCUAUGACCAAGGUAUGAUGGGUGGAGUCAAUGACUCCCAGGCGUACGUGCACCGAAUGGGAUUGGGAUACGAGAAGAGCGGUUCAAUCACUGUAACCAACACCCUGUUGCAGGGAGGCAUCGUCUCAGUUUACUAUCUGGGGACUUUGAUCGGAUGCUUCUUAGGUGGUUAUGUCAGUGAUCGAUUUGGCCGAAUCAAGUCUCUUGGUUUCGGUGCCGUCUGGGGGAUAAUCGGCGCCGCGCUCCAGUGCACAGCAAUGAACCCAACGUGGAUGGUCGUGUCUCGUCUGAUCAACGGCAUCGGAACCGGAGUGUUGAACGCUACUGUUCCCGUUUAUGGCUCUGAGCUUGCCGACUACGAGACUCGUGGCAUGUUCAUUGCCAUGGAGUUCACAUUGAACAUCGUCGGCGUAGUGAUAGCUUACUGGCUGGGAUUUGGGCUUAGCUACAUCGACAAUGGAGCAUCCGAGUUCCAAUGGCGAUUCCCUAUUGCGUUCCAAAUUAUCAUGCUGCUUCUGCUCGUGACCACAUGCUGGGCUUUCCCUGAAUCUCCCCGUUGGCUCUGCAUGAUGGGCCGUCGGGAGGAAGCCCUUUAUGUCCUCAAGCGUCUUCGCGGGUCCGAGAAUGAACGUGCCGCCAUACUAGAGAUGAGGGAGAUUGAGGCAAUCGUUGAGCUGGAGAGAGAAUCGGGAGAAAACACCACUUAUCUCCAUAUGCUGUUUGGCAUUGGCAAGGAAGAUUUACAUAUUGCAAGGCGUGUGCAGCUGGUGAUCUGGCUGCAGAUUCUGCAAAGCUGGACGGGAAUCGCUGGUGUCACUAUGUACGCACCAACAAUCUUUAAAAUCGCCGGAUUCGAUUCUCAGAAGACAAUGUGGAUUUCGGGAUUGAACAACAUUUUCUACGCUUUCGCAACCCUUCUUUGUGUCUUCACCCUCGAUCGCAUUGGUCGCCGCUGGACUCUCUGGUGGGGAGCAGCAGGACAAGCAAUUGCCAUGUUCGCCGCAGGAGGUCUCGCUCGUGGUGGAUUAGAUCAUCCCAGCAACCAGGGACCAUGGGGUAUCGGAGCAACUUCCAUGGUUUAUCUGUACACGUUUGUCUUCGGCGCUACCUGGUUGACUGUUCCGUGGCUGUAUCCAGCGGAAAUUUUCCCGCUCAAGGUCCGAGCUAAGGGAAAUGCUUGGGGUGUUGUUGGCUGGAGUUUGGGCAAUGGAUCGCUGACCUUGGCCCUUCCCUACAUUUUCGGUUCUAUUGGUGAGAAUACCCUGCAUGUGUUCGGUGCUGUCAAUCUCAUCAGUAUCCCGAUCGGUGAGUAUUUUCUGAUGAUCCUUAUAUCUGGUUUUGACUCGGCUGACAAAACUCAGUUUGGGCUCUCUACCCUGAAUCUAGCCGACGAAAUGGAUUUGCUCUUUGCGGCCAAGUCUCCCUGGGUCUGGGCAGCCGAGUCUAACUUCGCGACACUCAUAGCCGAAAGGCCAGAUCUCGGGGCCGUUCAUCAGCGUAAUAGCGUCGUCGGAGACGAUGAGAAGGUAUGGCAUGCCGAGUCUGAGCAUGAAGAGACGGUUUCAAACAAUUAG